UAGCUUUGUAGAUGCGUAUCACACAUUACAUUUGGUCAAAGGCAAGAACUUGCAUGUAAUGUGUACAAUGAAUUUUAAGUAGUGCUUAUAUCUCCACCUUGAAAAUGCCAACUUUUCAUCGGAUUGCUCCUGACUUGCCAUUUCUGCUGCUGCUGCGAAUCUCUGUGUAGCUGUUGCGUGUGUGCAUGUGUGUGUGUUUGGCGCCGCUGGCGCUGCCGCGUGUGCUGGCAUGUGUAAAAACACUGCCACUGAUUGGCUACCAUGAAACACAUGACUCUGCAGAGUGCAAUGUUUGGAUGAGACCAAAAUAGAAAUGAUGUGUUUAUAUAAGAAGAGAUAUGUUUGGAGAAAGGAAAACACUGCAUUCCAGCAUGAGAACCUUAUCCCAUCUGGGAAACAUGGUGGUGGUAGGAUCCUGGUUUGGGCCUGUUUUGCCAUCAUUGAUGGAACAUUUCAGGACAUGUGUGCCUCUGUGUGUGUGAAAGAACAUCUGCUAAAUGCCUUACAGUAAAUUAUGUAAAUCAAAUUAAACAUGCUGUUUCAUAAUCAUAUUGUUCAUGUUUUGAUUUACUAUGAUUUUGAACAGGUCAGUUUGAUAAACCAGAAUGUCUCACACUGUCGUACCCAUGAACUCUUCAACACUCAUCAUUCAGCUGCAACCAGCAACACAAACAGCACCUGGGUCGACGGACACAAAUGCUCCUGGAAUGACGGGAGUUUCACCUCUUCUAGGAAUUCAGGCAUUUCUGAAAGGACAACCAAAAGCCCUUGGGACGGUCCAGAUAAUGAUCGGUGUGAUGACUUUCCUGUUUGGCAUUGUGUCUACAGUUUAUGCAGAAGCCAUCUUUAUCCAUACUGGUAUUACUUACUGGGGAUCUCUCAUCUACAUUGCUGCAGGGUCACUCAGCAUUGCUGCAGAAAACAACAAAGAAAAACCCUCCAGUUUGUGUUUGAUGAAUGCUUCACUGGGAAUGAACAUUUCCAGUAUUAUAACUGCAGGGAUUGCCAUUGUUUACCUUUCACUAGAUUUUGUUUUAUGGCGAUACCCUAACUGCAACGACUAUUCCUGUUAUUUAGAGCAAAAGUAUGAGACUCUCUUCAGGGGAAUCAGAGGUGUUAUAAUGUUAUUCACCGUACUCGAGCUUAUCAUCUCCAUCUGUCUGUCAGCAUUUGCCUGUAAAGCCAGUGCCUGCCAUUCUCCUCCUCUGGUGCAGUUUGCGCAGGUUUUAUCACCUCAGUCCUCUGAUUUCACGCGUUUACAUGAUCUUAACAACUCAGAGAUACCUGUGGCAAGCAGCUCUUCCAUUAAUCACCAGUCUGCAGACACUCCUCCACAAUACAGUGAAUCUAAAUAAAUAUGAAUAAGUGGGCUGUUACCUUAUGAAACAAAAAAAUAUAUGUGAAUGUAUUAGAACAGUGGUUCCCAAACCUGUCCUAGAGGACCCCCUGCCCUGAACCUUUUGUAUGUGUCCUUCAUCUAACACACCUGAUUCCACUCAUCAGUUCAAUAGUAGAGACUCUGAGAACUAAAUUAGUUGUGUCUGAUUAGGGAGACACACAAAUGUUCAGGUCCUCCAGGACAGGUUUGGGAACCACUAAAUUGGAAAAUAUAAUGCAAUAUAUUAAAUAAUAUAUUUAUACAUAUAUUGUUAUUGUUAUCUUAUAUUUUUCUACAUACUGCAAUAUAUACUGCACCACAAUUUUACAUGUAAUAGCUUUAUUAAAAAUCAAUUUCGAUUUCAAAAGUUAAUGCUUAGGUUCACAUAAAGCUGAACACAAACUUUUCUCUCAUAUUGUUUGCAUAGUUACACAUUCAGUACCGUAUUUUUCGGACUAUAAGUCACACCUAAGUUGCAUACGUCAUGAUGAGGAAAAAAAAACAUAUAUAUGUCGCACUGGACUAUAAGUCGCAUUUAUUUAGAACCAAGAACCAAGAGAAAACUACCGUCUCCAGCUGCGAGAGGGCGCUCUGUGUCUUCAGUGUAGACUACAGGAGAACUGAUCAGCUGGAGACGGUAAUGUUUUCUCUUGGUUCAUGUCAAAUUUAUUUGGAUAAAUAAGUCGCACCUAACUAUAAGUCGCAGGACCAGCCAAACUAUGAAAACAAGUGCGACUUAUAGUCCGGAAAAAGGUAUAUGAAAAUAUUUGUGGUAUAUAAAAAACUGUACUGAAAAGAUAAAUAAAAGUUUUGGACUUUUAGAUGA